GGUGGAUCUGAAAUUACAGAGACCCGAGCAAAUUCGUCUUCUUUCGUCAAUUCAAACCCCCGAUACAUCCAUCUCUUCUGUGCUAAAACCCUCCGGCGAUUCUCUCCGUCUCUCUCAUUUCUCAGCAGCCAUGUACGGCGGAGAUGAAGUGUCAGCUAUUGUAGUUGACUUGGGUUCUCAUACUUGCAAAGCUGGUUACGCCGGCGAAGAUGCUCCCAAGGCUGUUUUUCCCUCUGUUGUCGGAGCAAUAGACAGAAUGGAUAUUGAUGAUGCUACAAAGGCAAAUUCUAAUACGGAGGAUUCGAAGAACAGUGCUGUUGAUUCUGAUAAAGGAAAAGGAGGCAAACGCAAGCUGUAUGUAGGGUCUCAAGCCCUGGGAUUUCGACGUGAUCAUAUGGAGAUAUUGUCACCCAUAAAAGAUGGCAUAGUUGCUGAUUGGGACAUUGUUGACAAUAUAUGGGAACACGCUUUCAAGGAUUGUCUACUGAUUGAUCCUAAGGAGCAUCCAAUGCUGUUAGCAGAGCCGUCUUCAAACACACAACAGCAAAGAGAGAAGGCAGCAGAGCUGAUGUUUGAAGAAUACAAAAUUCCAGCAUUGUUUACCGCCAAGAAUGCUGUUCUCACAUCUUUUGCAUCAGGACGUGCUACCUCUCUGGUUGUUGACUGUGGUGGAGGGUCCACAACGAUUGCUCCGGUGCAUGAUGGUUAUGUUCUUCAAAAGGCUGUCAUUUCAUCUCCAAUUGGAGGAGAGUUUCUCACUGAUUGCUUACUGAAAAGCUUGGAGAGUAAAGGCACUAAAAUAAGACCCAGAUACUCUUUCAAGAGAAAAGAAAUACGACCAGGAGAGUUUCAGGUGGUAGAUGUAGAUCUUCCUGAUACAACAGAAACCUACAGACUCUUCUGCCAAAGGAUGAUAGUGAGUGAUAUCAAGGAAUCUGUUUGCCGUGUCCCAGAUACUCCUUAUGAUGACACUUCAUAUUCAAACAUUCCGAUGACAUCAUACGAGCUUCCUGAUGGCCAGACACUUGAAAUUGGUGCAGACAGAUUCAAAAUUCCUGAUGUGAUGUUCAACCCAUUCCUGGUUCAGACAAUUCCUGGAAUGGAGAAUUACACGGGCAUGCUUCCAUCAAUCCGUGGGUUGCCACACAUGGUCAUAGAGAGCAUCAACAAAUGUGAUGUUGAUAUUAGGAGAGAGUUGUAUAGUAGCAUACUGCUUGCUGGUGGCACGGCUUCAAUGCAACAGCUGAAAGAACGUCUGGAGAAGGAUUUGCUUGAAGAGUCUCCUCAAUCAGCUCGAGUCAAAGUGUUGGCAAGUGGUAACACAACAGAAAGAAGAUUCAGCGUAUGGAUAGGAGGGAGCAUAUUGGCAUCGCUCGGCUCAUUCCAGCAAAUGUGGUUCUCCAAAUCUGAGUACGAGGAACAUGGAGCUUCGUACAUUCAGAGGAAAUGCCCUUAAGCAAGGAUGCGGAUCAUGUGUUCCUUUUCCGUCAAGAAACCUUUAGAUUUGAGCCAGAAUCUCUAGGCAUUGUGUAGAAAACCAUCAUGUUCUUUGUGGGUUUAGUAAGUUAUCUUUUGUGGAUCUGGGAUUCGGCAUUGACAAAAUGGUAUUUGCAGAAUUCCGACCACACGUAGUUGCUGUUUUACCAAAUCAUUUGCCGUAACUGUAACGUGCCUGACUUGUUUGUCGACGUUUUCUGCUUUCUUGAAACAGAUACGGAACAUAUAUAUAUACA